AUGUCACGAAAAGGCCCUGGCGCCACAACCAUUACGCGCCCUCUCAAUGCUGCCAAUGUCGUCCCCGAGGACAUUUGUCCUGUGUGCAAGCGCAAUCGCUACCUCAACACGACCAUGACCUUCAAGAUCAAUCCAGAGUGCUACCACCCAAUGUGCUCGCAAUGUGUCGAAACCAUCUUCAAGUCUGGCCCGGCGCAAUGCCCCUAUGCUAGUUGUAACAAGACUCUCCGCCUCAAGGGUUUUCGCGAGGCCAUGUUUGCCGAUCUCAGUAUUCAGCGCGAGGUCGAUAUACGGAAGCGAGUGGCUGCCGUGUUCAAUAAUACCCAGGACGACUUUGAGACGCUUCGGGACUACAAUAAUUACCUCCAAGAUGUAGAGGACCUGACGUUUUCUCUCGUCUACGGCGAAGACUCUGAAAGAAUGGAGGCCGAGGCAAAGCUGGUCGACUACGAACAACAACACAAGGCGGAAAUAGAGAGGAACAAGAAGAAGGGCAGCGAGGCCGAGGCACUGCGACUCAAGAGACAGAAAGAGGCAGAUGCUGCGGCUGCAGCACGGCGAGCGGAGCUCUUGCAACAAGAGGAGGAGGCAAAGGCCGAGGAGGCCAAACUGAACCAGGAGGUAAUGGAGGCCCUCGCGCGAGGAGAAUCUGGCAGCGCCGCUGAAAUCCAAGCAAGAAUUCUGGCAACGAAGAAGGCCAAGCUCGCCAAGAUGAAUGGCGACCACUUUGGCGCGAGUCUGGAAGGAUCGAGAGGAAUCUCUAUCCGUGGCUUGCGGCAGAAGAGGACUGGACCCUCUGCGGAUGAAGAAGACAGGAAUAAGCCGUACAGCCCCUACGCCGGCAUCCACUUGGAACCCAGCCGGUAUGCUCUGCAGAGCGAAUACGAAAACCCGCACUUGGCCAAAGCAAAGACAGACAAGGGGCACCAAGUUGGUGGAUACAGCCUACACGAAUAUACUGCGCGUGCCAUGUUUGAAGCCUUUGCGGGACUCGGCGUCAUUGUCAGCGACGAAAAGGCGGCCGAGCAGAGGACCAUAGGCACUUCAGGAGCUCGAGAUGCUGCUGCUAGAAACAAGACGAGCGGGCAGCUCACAACUGGGUCACGAAAAGUCAUCGACGAUGUUUUUGUAUAG